AAUCAAUUUUUUUUUUACUCUCUCCACAUCCUCGUCUUUUCACACUUCUCCACGCAAGACACCAUUUUUUUCUCUUCUUCUCACUGUCCUAGUGAUUGUUCAACAAACUACUCUACUCAUUCUCUACUCACUCACUUCCGUUUUCAACAUAUAAUCGCUUGUUCAUUUUAUUACUAUACCCUUCUCAUCUUUCUCUACUACAUUCCAUUCACACUAAUCGUCAGCCAUUUCAGUCACCCCAUAGAAUUACUCUCUCACUGAUCAACCCCACUAACUCCCUGCAUUUAAGAGAACAUUCAUCACACUCUCACUCAUUACAGCUGGCUCUCUCAUUCCCUGCUUCACUGCUACACUUAUUUAUAUUAAACCCUCUUUCAAAUUAGUGGUUAUUUAUCUGCCUCACAUUCCCUUCCUGAGUGUUGAGCUAUUGACAUUAUGAUGCCUUAUAAUGGAUUUCGAGUCAACAUCACGGGCAUUCCGUUGCAAGGAGCCAAGUCAAGGGUUGAGACACAGAUCAAGCUCGGAAUUCAACUUGUAAAUCAGCAGAAUGAUCCCGUCGGAGGUUGGACUCACAUCAAGCUACCAGAGUACAUGGUAGCGAAAGAGAAGAAUAAACGCAUCAACGCAAAGAAUCUCGGCCCUGGAGUCUACGAAGCAUUGAACAAUGGAACAUGUCUAAAUCUUGAGGCUUCUGUUGUGUGUCACAGUGACAAGAGCAAGGUCAUUCAGACAUGUGUAGGAUGUGUGCUCCGCGAACGCAAAAGGGCGCUACGCAAAAAGAGUCUUGGCAAAAAGAAGAACAGUAUAGUUGCUGGCCCUGCACCCAUUGAUGAUGAUGAUCCAGAGCAGAUUGCCCUUGAACAGCGCAAGAUCUUACUUUUCAACUGCACCGAGAUUGCAGAGUUCAACUCGGGUGAACUGAUCUUGCCAACCCGUAUCACUUGCUACUGCAGGCAUCACAGUGAAAAGCAAGGAUUCUGUAUCCAAUUUUUCCUUCGAGAUUAUGCAAACAACAUUGUUGCUACCGGUAUCUCGCCCCCGAUCAUGAUUACAGAUGAUCACAAAGCCUCCAAGGUUAAAAAAGCAGAACAAGGCGAUGCUGGUGUACAGCAAAAGGCUGCUCCCAAGAAGGCUUCAGACCCAUCUAACAAAGUCGUCACUCUCACACCGCCCAGUUCCCCAACUACACCAGGAGAAGAGGUCGAGAGCGAUGUGGACAUGGGCACAGGACAUGAGGGGGAUGAGGAAGAGGAGGAAUCUGAAGAGUCUGAGAUGGAUUCCUCGUCUUCCAAUGCGUCGCCAUCUCCGCUUCAAGCAUCAAUGGACAUCAAUCACUAUGAUCCCAAUAAUGUUUCUAUAGUCGACCUCAUCUCUCAGUUCUCACAAUCAGAUGAUGUCCGCCAAGUACCAUCGCCAUCAUCACCUAUUACGCCUACAGAGCGCGUGUCACAGGCUAGCCAAACAACUCCCUCAUCAGAUUAUCCUUCAUCUACAUUUGAUGGACAGCAACGUCAGAUCCAUUCCAUGAAUAGCUUUAUUUAUACCUCUAAUAACGAUAGGAUGGUACCGGAGCAGUUAGUUGACAUCCCUAUAUCACUGGUCCCACCGAUGACCUCACCACUUGCUCAGCUUAGGGAUCAUAUGAACCAGCCAUGCCAGUUGCAACAGGAACAGGAGCGGCAGAUGCAGCAGCACCAACAGCAACAGCUUCAGCAGCAACACCUCCAGUUCCAACAGUUGCAGCAGCAGGCUCUCUUCCCAGAAACAUUCAAUAAUACCGCUAAUAUUACUCCGUCGCCUAUCGCUCGACGCACAAGCACAUCAGGCGGUGUUGGUCCAGUCCGACGCCGACGCGCCCCCACAACAAACAAUCCUUUGGCUUCCUCUGUUAACCAGCCUUCAUUGGCCUCACCCAUCACACCCAAUCCUCUCGCCGCUGCAGCGUCAUCCGUCCUCUCUCCUACAUCCAUGCCUUCUAUUCUAGGUUUGUCUUCUACAUUGGCUAUGGUUCCUUCAGGAUUUAUUGUCCCUAGAAUGACAAGGUUGAUUCCUAACCAGGGACCAUGUUUUGGCGGCAUUGAGGUGACGAUUUUGGGCGCAAACUUUUAUGCGGGAUUGACAGCAAUGUUUGACGCCACACCGGCACUUCCCACACAGUUCUGGUCAACCAACACUUUGAUCUGCAUUCUCCCUCCACGAAUUCAACCCGGAACAACUGUGGUUACAUUUAAGGAGCAUCCGGCCAUCACAAUGCCCCAGGCAGGGGAUGUCAGCGAGAUGAUGCUAUUUACGUAUGUGGAUGAAAGUGACAAGGCGUUGAUGGAACUUGCUUUGCAGGUUGUCGGUCUCAAAAUGACCGGUAGACUCGAGGAUGCUAGGAAUAUUGCACUACGUAUUGUCGGUAGCCAAGUUGCCAACGGUAAUCAACAGCAACAACAACAGCAGCAACAACAACAGCAGCAACAACAACAGCAGCAACAACAACAACAACAACAACAACAAAACUCUUUGGACUACGCUAAUCUCGUCCGAGAUUUGAUCAUGUCUUUCGGAGGUCAGGAAGUCAAUGUUGACUUCCAAGCCGAUCUUGAGGAUAGGAUCCUCAUGUUGCUAACAGUGCUUUCGGAGCUGCCUGCCACGAGUCAUGGUCUCAUAAAUCUUGAACGCCGUGACACUGGACACCGUCUAUUGCACUUCGGAGCUAUGAAGGGUUUUGAGCGCUUGAUCAUGACUUUGAUUAGGAAUCCAGAAAUUGAAAUCGAUGCUUUAGAUAUGAACGGCUACAGCGCUUUACACUAUGCUUGUUGGCGCGGGGAAAUCAAAAUAGCAAGGCUGUUGAUUGAGGGUGGCGCCGAUGUAAUGGUACGAAGCAUCCACGGUGUCAGCUGUGUAGAUUUGACCGAAUUUCACGAUGGAAAUGUGGCGGCUGAGCUUGUGCAGGCAUUGAGAUCAAGUAAUACCUGGGUGGAUGCUGGGGCUCAAGAAGUUGAUGCUUAUGAAUCUGCAGAUGAGGUCGACGGCGAGUUGGGGGUUGAUGAGGAAUUGGAGGCAUUGAAUGAGAUGGAUGAUGUUGAUGAUAGUGGUGUAUGGCUGGAGCAUUUUGCCACAGAGAGUGAUGCUUUAGAGGAGGAAGAGGAUGAGAACGAGGAGUCUUUUGAUGCAUCUAGCGUUGUUGGCUCCGAAAUUGAGGAUAUUGCCUGGAUUGGUCGAGGUGAAUGGGUCGGUGUUGAGACUUCAGAUGAAUCCAGCCUAUCAAGUGACAGUGAUACGGACAGACAGGAAGAAGACAGGUUGGAAAGUAGUAAAGCGGCUGGAAAGGCAGAAAAUGCUGAUAUUGUGCAGGCUCCCUCAUCUCCUAGCCUUAUUCCUAUGGCAACGCCUCUAGUCCAAGAUACAAAGGAAGCUCAGGCGACAGACAUGAACGCGAACUGGUUCCAAAAGACCUUCCAUCAAAUUCAAUCUACGUCUUCUAAUCUGGACUUUGAACUCUUCAAGACUUUGGACCAUAUCUUGCCAGAGAAGAGCGCCUUCUUGAUGAAUAUGCCAAGUAUGCCGACGUCGAUUCAAGCCUUCAAUGCUUACAUGCCUUACAGCUUCAGUGGUAAGCAGGAGGUAGCCUCGAACGAGACGACUGUGGGACACGUCUCGGAGAAACAAGCAUUCAGCCAUGAGCGUAGUGCCUCGAUCGUUGGUGAGCCUACUUUGGACGAGCAGGCUAUCUCACACGAGCUCUACACACUGCACACGGGACCAGAAAGUCGGACUAUCAGUAACGAUAUUAACACUGGUACUGGCACUCCUACGAAUGUAGCUCCGUGCUCCGAGGAGACACCGAGUCGUUGCGUCUACACGCACCCUUUUUCUGCCGUUAAUAGCUAUGCUCUUUCAGCCUCGGAUUCACACUUUAGCCCAUUAACACUGACCACUGCUCCUGGGCCGAACACGGGUGGUAAUACCUCUGUGACAUCGCCUCUUAGUAAGGUUCGACGCGUGUAUCCACCCAUGGGCUCGGAACCACAACAACAGCCGCAAGCUUUGCAUGCUGGUGAAUCAUCUGUGGUACGAGGGGGCCGUAGAAUCAUUACGGAAAUUGUUAAUAAUGGCGCAGUAGUUGGAGGCGCUGCUGUUGCAGAACGGGCUGUUGAGGCUGUUGGUGAGUACAGACACAUUCAAGAAUUGAGGGCUCGCUAUCAUGAAAAGAUGAAGCGAUUGAAAAAGGAUAAGAUGCUUUUCCUCUUCUGGGUUCCUGUUUUGCUUGUGAUGCUUGCGUUGACCAUUAUCAGGAUUGCAUCAACAUUCGAUGUAGCCAGACAGUGGACAGGAGGACUAUUGAACCUUGCUGGUAUUCAAGUUUAAACAAACAAAGCGGCAACAGCAACAAAAAAAAAAAAAAAAAAAAAAAAAA